AUGAGUUUAUUAAAUCCAAAUAGGAUUUCAAGUGAUAUAAUUUUAUCGAAAUAUUUUAAUCAACCUAAUGUAACUUUAGGAAGCGGUACAUUAUUCUCAAAUUAUAAUAAUGAUUUAAAUAAAAUAAAUAGACAUGUAACAUUAAAAAUUGAUGUAUCGCAUACAAAUCAUAGUCAUAUAAUUGGUCGUUAUGGUUGGAAUAUUAAAACAAUCAUGAUGAUUACUCAAUGUCGUAUACAUUUUCCAGAUUCAAAUCGUAAUAGUUCAGUAAUUAAAAGUAAUCAAGUUUCAAUAUCUGGUCAGUUGGAGAAUGUCGAGAAAGCCAGAAGAAUAAUUCGAGACAUCCUUCCAAUUACAUUUACAUUUGAAAUACCUUAUUUAAACAAUGAAAAUUUACGUAUAAAUCAGAAUUCACCGGUUAUUCAACAUAUCCAAAAUGUUUAUGAUGUUGAAAUUAUAUUUCGUAAUCAUUAUACAUUAACACCUUAUAGUAAGACAACUGUCAGUGUUAAAGGAUUAACAAUCAAUGCAAAAAAGACUAAAAGUGUUGUACAUAUGUUAAUUAAGAAAUACUGUACUCAGAAUAUGGAUUCUAUACUAGUAAACAUGUAUAUGAGCAUGGAUACAAAAUAUUCUUCAAUGUUAAAUAGUCAAAGUUCAUCAGAAAAUUUAAUCAAAUUAAUUUAUGAAACAACUGGUGCAAAUAUUAAUUUUAUCUCUUCUACUACAUCAGUGAAAAAUUCUUAUUUAUCAUCAUCAUCAUCAUCAUCAUCAUCAUCACAAACAAUUUUAUUACAUAAUCAAUUCAAUUCUAUUGAUUAUUUUUCUAAUUUUUCAAAUAUAAAUCAACAUUUAACAUUGAAUAAAUUAAAUUUAAACAAUCAUUUAUUCAAUCAAUAUAUCAAUAGAAAAUUAAAUCAUAUUCAUAUAUAUGGUAAUGUAGAUAAUGUAUUUUUAGCUAGACAAUUGAUAACAAAUCUAUUACCUGUUGUAUUAAUAUUCGAUGUGGAUAUAUUACAAGGUGAAUGGCUUGAAAAUUUCAAUCUUACUAAUUUAUGCAAAUAUUAUGAAGUGAAUUUAACUAUUCGAAAUGAACCAAAAAAUUUAGUCAAGUCUGUUGUAAUCAAGACGAAAGAGAAAAACAUUCGUUCACUUUAUAUAAUGUGGGAAUUGAUACAAGAGUUGCUUUCACAAUUUACAAAAAACACCAUCUGUAAAAUCAAUAAUUCUAGUUGCUUAAACUCAUCAAUUCGCAAUAUUCAAACGCAAAGGUUAUGGCCGGACGAUCUUAGACUAAAUGAGGAAUCUACAAAGAUUCUAUCUUCUACAAAUAAAGGAAAAUUACAUGGUGACAAAGAAGACAAUAAACUAGAUAGAGAAGAGAUAGUAUUAAAAUACAAAACAUCAUUUUCAACAAGUACAUCAUCAAGCCCACCGCAAUCGUUUUCAUUAUUUCAUCAUGAUCCAUCAGUUAAAGUGAAUCUAUUAAAUAGAGAUAAUCAUUUACAUUUGAUGGGUUACGAAUCAAAUACAGAACUUUUACCAUCGUUUGAGCACAAUGGUGUAUGGAAUAAAUAUGGAAAUUUUGAAGAAAAUAUUGAUUUUUAUGCACAUAAAAAAUUCAUUGAAGAAAAUAAUGGAAACCCUUAAAAAAAAAAACCAAAUCUAGCUGUUUACCAUUGAUGUUUAUAUGGUUCUGAUGUAGAUGACAAAGCGACAUAAAUUUAAUGAACAAUUUUAAUAGUUCUUUUGUUUUCUCGAUAAAAAAAAAGUUUUAUUUUCCAAUAUUACUUUACAUUAUUCAGUUAGACAAUAUCUCUAUUAUUUAACACAAAAUUUACUAUUACAUUCUAAAAAAAUGUUUCAAUGUUAAACUGGGUAAUAAUAUUAUUACUAUUACGCAUUAUGAUAGUUGAAGACAAAUGGAUACAACUAACGAAUCAUAAUGUUAACAAAUACAUAUUUUAUUUAUUUCAUUGACAUAAAAGUAACUUUUGUCUUAAAAUUAAGAAAUUGUUUGUUUUUUCACCUUCUUCCUUUCAACAAUAGUCAAUAUUGUACAUUGUGUUUCAGAAAUCAAUUAAAGAAGGAAUUAUUCUUUAAGUAAAUUACCCAAUUAUCAUAAACUCAUGACAAGUAAUAUAUUUUUCCUUUAUCUACAUAUAAACUCAUAAUAAUGAUAACAAUGACAAUAUAUGAUAGAAGACCAACUUCAGUCUAUUUAUAAUGGUUCUGCUGAGUUUUAUUUUGAAAAAUAAUAAGUGAGGCACAGAGAGAGGGAGAGCAAAACAAACGAAAAAAUGUGAUCAUAAAUACCAUCACGUCUUUUUCAAAUCACUUACUUACGCCUGUUACUCCCAAUGGAGCAUAGGCCGCCGACCAGCGUUUUCCAUUCUCAAAUCAAUAUCAGGAAUAAUAGUAAUUGAUUUAUUCUAUUCACAUCACUCUAUAACAUAAAAUUAUUCUUAUUUCUAUAGACAUGUAUUUUUAAUAUAAUUGUUAUCGUUCAGAAAUAAAAUGAUUGAAUUAUAAAAAAA